GCGCUUUUUCACUAUCUUGUCAAGCACACCAACUGAGAGAAGAGAACUACAGGCAUUAUGUCCAAGCUAAUCUCUUGUCAUUCCGAUCCCAAUACGUCGUCGUCUUCUUCAAGUGAUGGAACUCUUCCCCAAAAGCUGAGCGUGAGCGCCACAGAGCAUCUGAUUACUGAAAUCUUAUGUCGUCUUCCAGUUAAGAACCUGCUGCGUUUUAGAUGUGUAUCUAAACCAUGGUGUUCGCUUAUUGAUAGCCCACGUUUUGUCAAAGCACAUCUGAAAAGAUCCAUUGAAUGCAAAGCCAAACCUGGGAUCAUUAUUAAAAGUUUCGUUUCUUACUCGGUGGACUAUGAUUCCCUAGGUCGUUCCACUACUGCUAUUGAAAUUGAUGAACCAUUAAAGACUUAUCUCCAUGCUACUGGGGAUGUGGGUUCAUGCAACGGCUUACACUGCUUGUAUAAUCUACAGACUGACCUUUUCUUAUGGAACCCGGCGAUGAGAAAGUGCAGGAAGUUACCUUCUGCACCAGCUGAUUUUCUUCGUCCUUUUGAGUUUGACAAGUCUUCCCUCUGUGGCUUUGGUUAUGAUGCUGCGAAUGAUGAUUACAAGGUUCUGAGAAUUGUCCAGCCUGACGGUCAUGACUUGUGUGGCUCUAAGGCCUCAAUUUAUAGCCUUAAAACUAACUCAUGGAGACGACUUAAAAAUAUUUCUGGUCAUUUCCAAUUUUGGGGAGCAUGGGGUAUAUUUAUAGGUGGAGCUCUGCACUGGAUUACAGUUACGCCUCUGGGCUCCCCAUCAAUUCUUGCUUUUGAUCUUGGGGUUGAAAACUAUAGGGAGGUUCCGAUGCCUAGACUUCAGAACAACUAUUGUAAAAACAUGAAUAUAGUUGUCUUUGAAGAAUCCCUUUGCAUGCUUGAGUAUCACCCUUUUAUUCGGAUAGAUGUCUGGGUGAUGAAGGAAUAUGGGGUGGGGAAUUCUUGGUGCAAGCUAUUUUCGGUGGAACAGCCAAAAGUAACCAGAUGCUGUAUGUCUAUUACGCCUAUCUUUUAUUCAAAGAACCGUAAGGAUGUUCUUUUAGAAGUGGAUAGCAAGAAGUUGAUGUGGUAUAACCUUAAAAAGAAGAGAGCCAGGACUGUUAAGAUUUCUAAUCUCCCGGAAAUUUUUGAUUUGGAAGUCUACACUGAGAGUCUUGUUUCACCUGACUAUAAUAUUAGUUGUGGCGGGCCGCAGGUGCCGAGCCAACCACAAGAGAAGAAAAAAAAGCAGCAACAGAGGAAUGAGAGGGACGAAUUCCUUUCAAAGGGAUUCAAAUUAGUCUUAUGAGACGCUGGCUAUUAGCAAUAACAGGAGAUUAAGAGGAGACAAUGUGGUGGAAAGAAGAUUGGAAUCUCUCGUCUAAAUUUCAAUGUUUUCCGAUGAACUAAUAUGCAUAUGUAAUUAUCUUCUCCCAGUGAACUCUAUUUUCUUUGGAUAUGUUGGCACUUGGUAGUUAAUGCUUAUGCAUAGUACUGGUUUUGUUGGUUUAAAUGCCAAAUGUUGGUCUACAAUACUUGUUUUGUUGGUUUAAUUUAUGUUUUGCUAUGUUAAUAUGUGGAGAUUA